AUGGAAUCCAAGCCUGAGACAACAGAACAAGAAAAAAUCGAAUACGAGAUCGACGAGAAGAAGCAAGAAGAGCUUUAUGAAAAGAGUGAUCAAAUUGCAGUCAAGGACGACGAGCCGAUAGGGCAUGUGAUUGUUGAAGAAUGGCAAUUUACUUGGAGAGCAUCGGUGGUCGGCUCGCUUCUCGGAUGCCUAAUUGCUGCUUCCAAUACAUACUUGGGUCUUAAAAUUGGUUGGACAUUUGGUGCAUCCAUGUUUGGUGCCAUCUUCUCCUUUGCUAUUCUCAAACCCUUGUCUCGCGCACUUCCCAUAUGGCUCGGUGGUGGCUACUUUGGUGCCAAAGAAAAUGUCACUGCACAAUCAGCAGCUACCACUGCUGGUGGUCUUUCAGCUGGUUUCGUUGCUGGUGUCCCUGCCUUAUACAAACUUGGUCUCAUGUCAACCCCAAGUGGUGAUGCUGCAGCUCUUACCUUGUUCACCAUCUCAGCCGCCUUUUAUGGUCUCUUUUUUGCUGUUCCCUUACGCCGUCAUUUUGUCAUCAAUCAAGACUUGCCUUUCCCUACACCACGUGCUACUGCUGUUACCAUCAUCUCAUUGCAUAACAGUGUUAGCGGUGAAAAGGAGGCCAUGAAGAAGGCCAAGGUGAUGGCCGUUUUCUUUUUUGGUGCCUUUAUUUGGACCCUGAUUGCUUAUUGGGUACCCUUCUUUGAGAAAAUUCACAUUCUCUUUUGGAUUGGCUAUAGCACUGGAUACACCAACAUGAUCAGCGCUGAUCUUGAUUUUGGAUGGGUCUUUAGCUUUGAUUGGCCUUUCUUUGGUGCUGGUCUUAUGACCCCUGGUUCAACUGUAAUCAGUUUCUUUGUAUCAAGCGUCUUUGUUUGGGGUAUCAUUGGACCUGUUAUGGUAUCCAAGGGAUCCUGGAUUGGUGUUGGUGGUUUCACUGAUGAGGGUGAUACCGUGCAACAAUUCUUCUUGUGGCCUGGUAUUGCACUCAUGGUGCUUUCUUCUAUCACCGAGUUAUUGGUACGAUACAAGCUUUUGUGGAGAGCUCUCAAGGGUGGUGCUACUGAAAUCUACAGCGGCAUUCAAUACACUGGCAAUACUCUCAGCCAACUCAUCCGCCGCAAAAAAAUGGAUCCAGCUGAAAAGCCUGAACCACGCCCAAGCCCUGGUGAUAUUUACCUUCCUCAUGAGCUUGUGCCAACGUAUUGGUGGGCUGGAGGUGUUUUGCUUUCCAUCAUCUUUACAUGUGCUAUUAUGGGUGAAUUCUUUGGAAUGCCGGUAUACCAAUCGAUUGUUGCUAUCAUUAUCGCCUUCAUCUUGUCCUUUGUUGGUAUUCAAGCCUCUGGUGAAACCGAUAUCAACCCUACUGGUGCUAUUGGCAAGAUGACUCAAUUGAUUUUUGCUGGUAUGCCCGCCGAUACAGUACAGCAACUACAAAAGAACAACUUGAUGGCUGGUACCAUCAGUGCAUCGGCCGCAUCUCAAGCUGUGGAUAUGGUUGGUGAUCUCAAGACCGGUCAAAUCGUGGGUGCUUCUCCUCGAUCCCAAUUCCUUGCUCAAGCCGUUGCAUCCAUUCCUGCUAUUGGUAUUGCUGUGGGUCUCUUUAUCCUCUUUGCUGAAGCCUACCCUUGUGUUAUUUCUCAAGAGUUGGAUACUACGGACUGCCCAUUCAAGCUGGUUGCUGUCAUGGCAUGGCUUCAAGUUGCACGUUUGCUCACGGGUGCAGCUGAACCUCUCAGCAAAGGUGCCAUCAUUGUCACUGCCGUUUGUGUUGCCGUUGGUGUCAUUAUGCCCCUCAUCCGAUUUUUCGUUGUCCCCGAAAAGUACCGCCGCUUCUUCCCAUCCAUGGCUGCCAUUGGUAUCUCUAUGAUCAACCCUGAUCCCUCAAUUCCAUUCGUCAUGCUGAUCGGCUGGACCGUUGGCAAAAUCUGGAAGUGGAGAUGGCCCAAGAACUAUGACGAUUACAUGUACAGCUGCGCUGGUGGUCUUAUUGCUGGACAAGGUAUCUCGGCUUUAUUGAAAGCAGUGUUCCAAAUUGCUCAAGUACCCGGUGAUGCCUUUGUUGGAUCAUGCCCAUAUGGCGAUGCAAGCCAAUGCCCUUAA